UCUCGUUUUGGCUUCGCGGCACCACGACUGUCGCCAUUUUGUCAAAAAAUUCCUGUGAGAUGUGAUAAAGUAUUUGAUUACUCAAAGCCUCCAAAACAAAUUCUGAAUUAUUUUUGGUUGUACCGUUAUGGUAGAAAUCAAAUGUGAUGUGAUAAAGAGGAGCACUAGCCUCAUAUGUUCGCUACCGUAGCGAUAUUCUUUUGAAAAAGAAUCCGGUAAACCCAAGUCGAAACAAAAAUAUUCCGUUUGAUUCCUAUCCUUUUGUCCUUUGUCACAAGAAGCGGUCAUUCGACCUGUGACAUCCACAGGUUUAUUAAAAUGCCACUACCAAGCCGGGCCAGAGUCUAUGCUGACAUAAACACACACAAACCAAGAGAAUACUGGGACUAUGAAGCUCAUGUGGUAGAAUGGGGAAACCAAGAUGACUACCAAAUUGUGAGGAAGUUGGGCAGAGGCAAGUACAGUGAAGUGUUUGAAGCCAUCAACAUCACAAACAAUGAGAAAUGUGUGAUAAAGAUUUUAAAACCUGUGAAAAAGAAGAAAAUCAAAAGAGAGAUAAAAAUAUUAGAGAACUUGAGAAGUGGAACCAAUAUUAUCACACUCCUAGCAAUCGUCAAAGAUCCAGUGUCUCGGACGCCUGCUCUCAUAUUUGAACAUGUAAACAAUACAGACUUCAAGACGUUAUAUCAGACAUUUACAGACUACGACAUACGCUUCUAUUUAUAUGAAUUAUUGAAGGCACUUGAUUACUGUCACAGUAUGGGCAUCAUGCAUCGAGAUGUUAAACCCCACAAUGUCAUGAUAGACCAUGACAACAGAAAGACGUUACGCCUUAUAGACUGGGGUUUAGCUGAAUUCUACCACCCAGGAAUGGAGUACAAUGUUCGGGUGGCAUCACGGUACUUCAAAGGUCCAGAGUUGCUACUCGACUACCAGAUGUACGACUAUUCCCUAGACAUGUGGAGCUUGGGCUGCAUGUUUGCCAGCAUGAUCUUCAGGAAAGAGCCAUUUUUCCAUGGCCAUGACAACUACGACCAGCUUGUGCGGAUAGCCAAGGUUUUAGGAACAGAUGAUCUGUAUGCAUAUAUUGAAAAGUACCAGAUAGAUUUAGACCCAAGGUUCAAUGACAUAUUGGGCAGGCAUUCGCGGAAACGAUGGGAGCGGUUUGUACACAGUGAGAACCAGCACUUAGUCAGUCCAGAGGCAUUGGACUUCCUUGACAAAUUACUCCGAUACGACCAUCAAGAACGUUUAACAGCUAGAGAAGCAAUGGAACAUCCAUAUUUUUAUCCUAUAGUGAAAGAACAAGGUAGAAUGUCGUCCAUGUCUGGUCACACAUCACCGACGCCCGUUUCUAGUUCAGGACAGAUAGGAGAUUAAUCGAGGUCCCUCUGUGAACAGCUCUGUUGGGGUUUCGAGCUCACCUGUCAUGACUCCUAGUAUGUCGCCACUUCCUAACACUGCCGCCACAGCUCAGACGUAGGCAAUGUACCGCUGGUGCCGCGACGUCCGGUCCGGGUAGCCUCAACAUUCACACACACCGAGUACCAGUUCACUGACUGGCGGGCUGGAUGAAUGUAUUAACUUGCAUGGAAGCUAGUCUGUGUUUAUUCUUGAAAGAACAGGUUCUCAUGUCGACAGAUGAAAAACAGAAAAAACUAAAAAUGUGUGCAUGAAAAUUAUAUUUUCUGUGUGCACGGAACAUUACCUUGUUUGUCGUCAUGUGUUGUUACGAAGAAAAUACAAAAAAAAAAAAUGUUGCCUGUUAAUGUGGCAGUAACAAAUACUAAACCUGUACUUAACUUAUUGUUCAAUCAAGCAAGGAACAAUUGUUUUUAUUUAAUGUAUGUUGUUCUCCUUUGCACACAAUGUAUUUUCCAAAGAAAGGGGAGAAAAAAAGCUUUGGAUGAUGAAAUGUUUUAUUUACAUCAAUCUAGUUUUUCUUAACUCUGCCAGUAAAUACAAAUAACAUGUCACGGGCAGAAUCAGUGCUAUGUUCUGAAAUAAAGUAUAGGUCAACUUUGAAAUUUGAAUAACGCUGAUACAAUUGUGCAACAUAAAGAAUUUACAGAUCAUUUGUAGUGCAUUAUAUUUGUGCCAUGGAUGGGAUGUAAAAUUU